GCUAUCCAUCGCCCUACUUUCUUACGUCAACAGGCUCAUCAUCUAGAUCGACAAUCCUGGAGUUCUCCUGCGGCGUACAUCUCCUGUAGUGGGUCGGAUAGGCCUCCAGCAUGUUCAUCAUAUAGAUGCGACGACACCACGUCUGGUCCCCUUCAUAUCAUCCCUGGGAUUUUCCAUUGGUUUCCCAGAAUGGCAGGAAUGCUGGAGUCCUAAUGCUCCUUGCAGGAGAAGACGCGCCAUAGCAGCCGCAGCUGUAUUAUACGUCGUAAUGUCUUCCACGUCUCCACUCUCCAGUGUUUUCCUCGUGCUAAUUUUCAAGUUUGUCGAUCGGCUCCAAUCCAGGAACUUAUUUGUUGCGGAACAGGCAGGCUUCGUGGGGACUGAAAAUCGAGGCAGCGUCCUGGAUUCGUAACAGCAACGUGCAUCUAAUUAAACAACCAUGCAUGAACCCAAGCCGAUAGCAGCAAGAGCAGGCUCCGUUUCUUAAUAUUCAGAUCCUGCCCGCCAGACAUGUUCUCGUCCAACCACCGUUGCAUGUCCGGUCGUUGCGGAGAAGGAUUGUCCAAUCCGCCGACUUGAUCAUACUGAACUAUACGCAGAUCUCCCAUAGUAUGCGCAUCCUUGUUCUUCCUUAUGAUCCUCCUGUUGAUCCUUGCGCUGAUGCAGUAACUGGUGUAUGCGUCUGAGAAUCUCAUGUCAGCACUGCUUACCCGUCCUCCAUACUAAUGGACAGGUGUGGGCGUUGUUGUGGUGACCCAGCCAGAUUCAACAAAUAGACAGAGUGACCUGGUGUAUAUAAGUCAAAUAUGAUGCCUUGGAGUAUUUCCUCAGGGACCAUCGAGUCAUGGAUUAUUUACAUCCACCGUUUAUCAUGUUGACCUUCAUCGUAAUCUUGUUCAUUACAUUCGCAAACGCUUACUCCCCGGGCCCAUGUUCAGGGGACUGCCAGGCACUUGAUCCAGCUCUCAUUCAAAGACAGAGUGAUGGCAAGUACUUCCGCUUCUCCACCGGCGGAGGCGUCUCUAUCACGACAGCCGGCAAGCUGGAAGGGCCAUGGACACAGCAGGGCGAAGCAUUGCCCAACGGCUCCUCCAUCCACAUUUCGGGGGUUGACAGCGACAACCUUUGGGCACCAGAUGUCCACUAUGAAAACGGCAUAUAUUACAUGUACUACGCCAUUUCAGCCGAUAGUAAAUCGACCUCGGCCAUCGGCGUAGCCAGUUCCCCAUCCAUGGAGGCCGGAUCAUGGGAAGACCACGGCGGCAUCGGUGUCGGAAGCAACAGUGACAGUCGCUACAAUGCCAUCGACGCCAACUGGAUCUCAAUUCAAGGACAGGCCUAUCUCAACUUCGGCUCGUACUUCGACGGCCUUCAGCAGGUGGAGAUGCUGGAUGCACUGAACAGGAGCGCAGAAUCGACUCCGCACCAGAUAGCAUAUAACACGACCGAUGGCUGCAAGGAGGAGGCAUCCUUCAUGGUUGAGCGUGAUGGCUUUUACUACCUUCUGUUUUCGUCGGGCAUCAACGAGUAUCCGAAUAACGCCAAGGUUCCAAGGGGGGAAGAAUAUCGUAUAGUCAUCUGCCGCUCAACAACCGGAACGGGUGAUUUUGUCGAUGCGAGCGGCCAUCCAUGCACGCAAAGCGGAGGGACAACCCUACUCGCAAGCGACGGACGUGUCUACGGUCCAGGCGGACAGGGCGUCUACAAGCAUCCGCAACUGGGCUACAUCUUGUACUAUCAUUACGCAGACGAAAACAUCGGUCUCUCUCGUUCCGAUUUCCAGUUCGGCUGGAAUUAUCUGUGCUGGACGCAGGAUAACUGGCCGAUUGUGUGUGAUUCUCCUGGCCAAAAUUGAGCCCUGGAGACUGUCGAAGAAUAAUUGUUAUAGCCGGAUGAGUGCAUAUAUGCUUGCAGGGCAUGGUCCGUUC